AUGGUAGGAGGAAUGGAGGAGAUUAUUGCCAUCAAUUAUCAAUCAUUUUUGAACAUUCAAAAAUUAAUUGAUUGUGAAGAUGUGGAAGAAAUUCAUUUUAUCGGCAGUAUUAUUUACAAGAAAAAUGAUGCAACCAAUCCCUCUUUUCCCGAAUACCUAAUUAUUGAUGGUCAGCAAAGAAUUACUACUUUUUUUGUUUUUUGCCUUGUUAUUCUUGAAAUUUUAAAAAAGAAUAACUCUAAAAAUGGUUUUUUAAUAGAAAAUAUUAAUCAACUCCUUUUUAUCUCCGAUGGUCGCGAACUUUGCCCUCGCCUUAUUAUGAGAGGGGAAGAUGAAAAAACUUUGGGAGCAAUUUUAAGGUACAAAAAUUCAGAGGGUAACAAACAGAGAGUUUUCGAGGCCUAUGAACAUUUCAGAAAAAAACUUGGGGGAGGUAGCAUGACCGGAAUUCACAUAAAAGAUUAUUUUGAAAAGUUAAAGAGUAAGUUUAAUUUUAUAUCAAUAAAAUUAGAAAAAGAUGAUGAUGCUUUGGAAGUAUUUAAAUCGAUUAAUACUUCGGGGAUAACAUUAACUUCAACCGACUUAAUAAAAGCAGAGUUUUUUAUUAUUUAUGAAGAAAAAAAGUUAGAUUGUAAGAAAUUAGCCCAAGAUUGA